GGCCUCGGCGAGGAGAGGGCAAGGGGAGGGUGGAGUGGGGAAUGUCGGUGCCAACGUCAACGUCAAUGCCAAUGUUGACGCCUAUGCCAAGAGCAACUCCUACACCAAGAUCAACUCCAAUGCCAAUGUCAAUACCAAUGUCAAUGUCAACUCCAAUGCCAACGUCGACUCCUACACCAAGAUCAACUCCAAUGCCAACCCCAACACCAAUGUCAACAUCAACUCCAAUGGCAAUAUUGACUCCUACUCCAAGAUCAGCUCCAAUGCCAACCCCAAUGCCAAUCUCAACAUCAACACCAAUGCCAACGUUGACUCCUAUGCCAAGAGCAACUCCAAUGCCAAUCUCAACAUCAACACCAAUGCCAACGUCGACUCCUAUGCCAAGAGCAACUCCAAUGCCAAUCUCAACAUCAACACCAAUGCCAACGUCGACUCCUAUGCCAAGAGCAACUCCAAUGCCAAUCUCAACAUCAACACCAAUGCCAACGUCGACUCCUAUGCCAAGAGCAACUCCAAUGCCAAUCUCAACAUCAACACCAAUGCCAACGUCGACUCCUAUGCCAAGAGCAACUCCAAUGCCAACCCCAAUGCCAAUGUCAACAUCAACUCCAAUGCCAACGUCGACUCCUACGCCAAGAGCAACUCCUACACCAAGAUCAACUCCAAUGCCAACGUCGACUCCUACGCCAAGAGCAACUCCUACACCAAGAUCAACUCCAAUGCCAACGUCGACUCCUACGCCAAGAGCAACUCCUACACCAAGAUCAACUCCAAUGCCAACGUCGACUCCUACGCCAAGAGCAACUCCUACACCAAGAUCAACUCCAAUGCCAACGUCGACUCCUACGCCAAGAGCAACUCCUACACCAAGAUCAACUCCAAUGCCAACGUCGACUCCUACGCCAAGACAACUCCAAUGCCAACCCCAAUGCCAAUCUCAACAUCAACUCCAAUGGCAACUUCGACUCCAAUCAACCCCAAUGCCAACAUCAACUCCAAUGCCAACUCCAACAUCAAUUCCAAUGUCUACACCAAAGUCAACCCCAAUGCCAACAUCAACUCCAAUGCCAACUCCAACAUCAAUUCCAAUGUCUACACCAAAGUCAACCCCAAUGCCAACAUCAACUCCAAUGCCAACUCCAACAUCAAUUCCAAUGUCUACACCAAAGUCAACCCCAAUGCCAACAUCAACUCCAAUGCCAACUCCAACAUCAAUUCCAAUGUCUACACCAAAGUCAACCCCAAUGCCAACAUCAACUCCAAUGCCAACUCCAACAUCAAUUCCAAUGUCUACACCAAAGUCAACCCCAAUGCCAACAUCAACUCCAAUGCCAACUCCAACAUCAAUUCCAAUGUCUACACCAAAGUCAACCCCAAUGCCAACAUCAACUCCAAUGCCAACUCCAACAUCAAUUCCAAUGUCUACACCAAAGUCAACCCCAAUGCCAACAUCAACUCCAAUGCCAACUCCAACAUCAAUUCCAAUACUCCAAUGCCAACUCCAACAUCAAUUCCAAUACCAUCUCCAACAUCAAUUCCAAUACCAUCUCCAUCAUCAAUUCCAAUGCCAACAUCAACUCCAAUGCCAACUCCAACAUCAAUUCCAAUACCAUCUCCAACAUCAAUUCCAAUACCAUCUCCAUCAUCAAUUCCAAUGCCAACAUCAACUCCAAUGCCAACUCCAACAUCAAUUCCAAUACCAACUCCAACACCAACAUCCACUCCCAACAUCAACUCCAAUACCAUCACCAAAGUCAACCCCAAUGCCAACAUCAAUUUCAAUACCAUCUCCAACAUCAAUUCCAAUACCAUCUCCAUCAUCAACCCCAAUGCCAACAUCAACUCCACUGCCAACUCCAACAUCAACCCCAAUACCAACAUCAACUCCAAUACCAUCUCCAACAUCAAUUCCAAUGCCAACAUCAACUCCAAUGCCAACUCCAACAUCAAUUCCAAUACCAACUCCAACACCAACAUCCACUCCAAGGCCAACACCAAUGCCAACGUCAACUCCAAGGCCAAGUCCAAUGCCAACAUCAAUGUCAACUCCAAUGCCAAUGUCAACUCUAACAUUAACAUCAAAUUCAACAUCGACUCCAAUGCCACCAUCACUGUCAAGUCCAAGGCCAACACCAAUGCCAACUCCAAGGCCAACAUCAACUCCAAGGCCAUCACUGUCAACUCCAAGGCCAACACCAACUCCAAGGCCACCACCAAUGCCAACUCCAAGGCCACCAGCAGGGCCAACAUCAACUCCAAGACCAAAACCAAGGCUAACACCAAUGCCAACUCCGACACCGCCAUCACUCCCAACAUCAACUCCAAGGCCAACCCCAAUGCCAACCCCAAGGCCACCAUCACUGUCAACUCCAAGGCCAACAUCAACUCCAAGGCCAACACCAACUCCAAGGCCAACGUCAACUCCAAGACCAACACCAAUGCCAACUCCAAGGCCAACCCCAACUCCAAGGCCAACAUCAACUCCAGGAUCAACUCCAACGCCAACUCCAAUGCCCACACCAACUCCAAAGCCAACACCGACGCCAACUCC